AUGCUUCUACAUAUUAGGGAUAGCCUCUACCCUUUGAAGCUUGAGAAAUUAAGAACUGAUUCAAUGAAGAGAUUUACUGAGCAGAUUCUUGAGUUAAUUUCGUUGGUAAUUGAUCAAGCGUUUGGUUCUUCUCCAUCAUUCUUCACUAUGACUAUGUCCGAGUUUCAUGAAAUGCUUAAAAGUGAGCUAGAAUCUUCUACUAAACAGAGAGCUGAAUCAUCUAAUCAACUAAAGGAUGAUCAUGUGGAUAAUGAAAACGAGUCUAAGGCAGAUUUGAAACAUUUCAACUUAUCUCAAUUGGCAAGUCAUGUAUCACUUUCUCAAGCCAAUGAUGAACAAAGUUCAAAAGAGGAGGAAGCAACUUUUUCAAAGGGAAAGCAGAUUGAAGAUCCUCUUGUUGAUGAACAAACCCAUGCUAUAAACCAAAUAUCUAAAACUAAACACGAUGAGUCUAUGGUUAUUCUUUCAUUAGAAAGAGCUUGUGACAAACCUAAGGUCAAUUUGAAGAGGAAGUCUCCUCCAACUGAUGAAUCUGAGGGUCCAAGUGAUAGAAGCGUAGACGAUAUCACUAGAAAGUUGCUUCUUUUGAAAGAACUCGAACCUAAUUGUGAAGAGGCUGACACAUAUUUAAAAGGACUGGAGUGUAUAAAGAAGCUUGAAGAUGAAGCUCAGAUCAAUAAAGUACUCGAAGCCAACUCAAGCAUGAGGAAAAUGAUGAUGCAAUCACUAAGCCCAUCCCAUACGCAAAAUUUAUCACCAUCAUCAUUUGGAAUAGGAUCCUUGAUUGGAAUGAUGAACAUGACUAGCGAAUCCCUAUUCCCUUUCGUGGGUCUGUCAAUGGUUAAUAGGUAUGGCCUGUCGAAUUCAUCUUUAGUGUAUUCUUCAUUGUUGGGACCAAGUUCAACAGAACCACUUUUAAUGAAUUAUUCUUUUGAGGGACCAAGCUCAACGGAACCACCUUUAGUGCAUUCUUCAUUGGCCAGACCAAGUUCAACAGAACCACCUUUAGUGCAUUCUUCAUUGGCUGGAUCAAGUUCAACGGAAGCCCAUGCGACAGUUUCGAAUCCAUUGAAGCCGGCAUCGAACUCAGAUGUAUUAUCCAACAGUACAUCCUCAAAUAUUAUUAAUAGUAGAUCAGAAAUGUUUAAUCAGGUUUGUUGA